AUGAAACCAAUUUGUAAUCAAUCAAUCUAUCUAUCUAUCUAUCUAUCUAUCUAUCUAUCUAUCUAUCUAUCUAUCUAUCUAUCCCAUCUGUUCAUAUCUAUCUAUCUAUCUAUCUAUCUAUCUAUCUAUCUAUCUAUCUAUCUAUCUAUGUAUCUAUCUAUCACUAUCUCAUUCUCUUUAUCUCUCCCUCUCUCCCUCUCUAUCUCAAUCUCUCUUUCUCCCCCUCUCUCCCCUCUCUCUCUCUUCUCUCUCUCUCUCUCUCUCUCUCUCUCUCUCUCUCUCUCUAUAUAUAUAUAUAUAUAUAUAUAUAUAUAUAUAUCAGUCUUUCAUUAUCUAUCUCACUCUGUCCAUAUCUAUCUAUCUAUCUAUCUAUCUAUCUCACAAUCGUUUAUAUCAUCUAUCUAUCUAUCUAUCUAUCUAUCUAUCUAUCUAUCUAUCUAUCUCAAAAAUGUUUAUAUCUAUCUAUCUAUCUAUCUAUCUAUCUCAUUCUGUUCAUAUCUAUCUAUCUAUCUAUCUAUCUAUCUCACUCUGUUCAUAUCUAUCUAUCUAUCUAUCUAUCUAUCUAUCUAUCAUUUGUUUAGUUCUAUCUAUCUAUCUAUCUAUCUAUCAAUCUAUCUCACACUGUUUAUAUCUAUCUAUCUAUCUAUCUAUCUAUCUACACUGUUAUAUAUAUAUAUCUAUAUAUCUAUCUAUCUAUCUAUCUAUCUAUCUAUCUGUUUAUAUCUAUCUAUCUAUCUAUCUAUCUAUCUAUCUAUCUAUCUAUCUCACACUGUUUAUAUCUAUCUAUCUAUCUAUCUAUCUAUCUAUCUAUCUAUCUAUCUAUCUCACACUGUUUAUAUCUAUCUAUCUCAUUCCGUUCCUAUGUAUCUCAGUUUGUUUCUUAUCUAUCUAUAUUAUCCAUCUAUCUCAUUCUGUUCAAAUCUAUGUCAGUCUGUUCAUUAUCUAUCUAAAACUGCUCAUUAUCUCUCCAUCUAUCUCAGUCUCUGUAUUAUCUAUCUAUCUAGCUAG